GGGGCGGCCUGGGGGGGACAGGGGGAGGAGGAGGAGGAAGGAGCGGAGGAGGAAGGAGCGGAGCGAGUCCCCGAGUCCCCGCCGGGCACUCGCCAGCCCCGAGGGGUCCCCGCGGCUCCCGGGGGGUCCCUGGGCCAUGUCCCCACCGGGGGGUCCCCGCUGUCCCCCGGCGCUGCUGGCGCUGCUGCUGGGGCUGGCUCGGAGCCGAGAGCUCCAGGAAUGCCGAGCCCGGGCUGUGACCGCCGGGGGAUCGCUGUGCCUGCAGCCCGAGGAACCCCCGCGGGAGUGGGGGAAGAUCCACUGGAGAGCAGAAUUGGAUUCGGGAUCACGGUGGCGAAUCCUGACGGUCACCAGGGAUGGGAAUGUCUGGGAUCCCAAAGGUCCUUUCCACGGCAGAGCCGAAUUCCAGCCGGGAAUUCUCGCCCUGUGCAUCUCCCCGGCGCACAGCGCCGACAGCGGCGUCUAUAGGGCCGAGGUUGAGAAUUCCUCCGGGAUUUUCCCCAUUUCCCCUCAGUGCUUCCGAGUGUCCGUGUGGGAUCCCAUCCCGGAGCCAUCCCUGGAAUCCCAAAUCCUGGAAUGGGAUCGGGGUUGGUGCCGCCUGUCCCUGCUCUGCUCCAGCCCCGGGAACGGGAACGUCUCCAUCCGCUGGGAGUGCCCUGAGGAGCCCCCGGAAUUCCCGAAAUCCACAGGAUCCCCAAACUCCACGGAACCCCCAGAAUUCCCGGGAUCCCCAUCCCAGCGGUUCCAGUGGGUCCCCGAGGACGCUGAACCCCAAAUUUGUCUCUGCAACCUCAGCAACGCCGCGGGCUGGAGAGCGGCCCCGGCCCCGCUCACCUGCGCAGGAAUUCCAGGGAAUUUCGGGCUCUGGGCAGGGCUGGGCGGGGCCGCGGGCCUGAUCCUGAUCCUGAUCCUGAUCCUCGGGCUCUGCUGGAGGAGGAGGAGGAGGAGGAAGGAGAAUUCCCGGGAAGACCCCCCCGGAGCCCCCGCGGGACCCCCGGAGCAGCCGCUGACCGUCUACGCCGAGGUGGGAGCCAAGAACCCCCCCAGGACCAGCGAGGCCCCCGUGGAAGGAGCCACCAUCUACGCCGUGGUCACUCCCAGGACACUGGAGAAUCCGAGGCAUCGGGAGGAACCCGGAGAUUUCACCGUUUACGCCACGGUCCAGAGGCCUCCCUCCAUCAAGAAGAGGCUGGACCGAGCCCUGCUCUCCACUGCCUACCUGGAGGAUAAUGGGGAUUACAGGCACUUGGGUUUCCCAAAUCCUAAACGCCCCUAAAAUCCUGGAAUUCUCAUCCUCAUGGAAUUCAACUCCAGCAUCCAAUGGGAUCCCACCCGAUGGAACAGAAAUUCCAGGAAUUUGGGUCUUUUUCCCCAAAAUUCAACCCCCAGCUGCGCCUUGGAGCGAAGAUUUUGGGGUCAAAAUUCUUUGGAAUGGAUGGAUUUGAAACUGGGGGGGGAGGGAAUUUUGGGGGGGGUUUAGGAUUUAGAAAGUUUGGGAAUUUUUUUUUUUUUUUUGGUAAAUACAGCUGGGCUGCACAAUU